AUGACUGGAGGGGGCUUGACAGAUGAAGAAAUUGUGGAAGUGGUAUGCCCUCCUGAUGAAGAACCUGAUGAAGAACCUAAUGAGGGAAUAACAAUUCGACCUGCUGUAUCGGUUAAAGAAGCGUUAGGGGAU